AUGGCUUCUAAUAAAAUUGUUACUCUCGACGAUUUACACGUCCUUUUACUUAAUCUUAAUGCAAAAGUGGACUUAACACAAACCACGCUAACUGAAUUCAAGCAAGAACUUAUGAACGUCGGUAAUAGAACCAACAAUCUUGAGAAAGAAAAUAUUGCCCUAAAAGUUAAGGUGUUUGAGUUAGAUCAUAAACUACGUAAUAACAGUAUUGUGGUUUUUGGAUUGGAGAAUCAACUCAAUUGCGUAGACGCGCUCACAUUUCUCUCAAGUAAACUUGAAAUUAACUUGGGACUUCAAGAUUUUAAUUUUAUAAACCUGUUUACUUCAAAAAAUAAUAAAAAAAUAUUAAAAAUCGAUUUCUUGUAUAACCUAAAGAAAAGUCAAGUAUUAAAAAAUCUCAACAAACUUAAAGACUCCCACAUUUUCGUUGCCGAAGACCUAAAUCCACAGGACCAACUGUUACACAAGGAGUUAAGAAAACAUCUUAAUACUGGAAAGAAAAACGGUUUAAAAAUAUUUAUAAAAAAUAAUCGCUUAUGUGUAAAUAACAAAAAAUACACAUUAGAAGAGUUAAAUACCAAUCCCGAUAUUUUAGCAAGUUUAUCCAUUAUCUCUAGACCUCCUACUUCCGAAGGUUUAACACAAUCAAGCAGUUCCUCUGGACCAAGUAGUAACCCACAAGAUCUGGAUAAAAUAACUGAUCGUCUACGAAACAAAGAUAAGCGACAACUUCAAAGAAAAUAG